AGUCUGCUCUCCCGCCGCUUCCGCAGCAGCAAGCGCUCGCAGUCGGUGACGCGAGGUGACCGGCGGGACAUGCUGGGUUCGCUGCGGGACUCGGCCCUUUUCGUGAAGAAUGCCGUCUCCCUGCCCCAGCUCAACGAGAAGGAGGUGGACAGGAGCGCAGGGCAGCUGCCCAAGAGCCUCUCCUCCAGCCCCGUCAAGAAGCUGCCUGAGGAGGUGAGCCCCGAAGAGCAGCAGCGCCCAAACGGGGCGACCGCUGGGCCGCUGAGCCCCGGCUUGGACGAGCGCGACUUCGGGGACAUCACGGAGCUGCCCGUUGUGGUGGCCAAGAGCGGGGCGGGCAUGAAGCACGCCGAGUCCAUUAUGUCCUUCCACAUUGACCUGGGGCCCUCCAUGCUCGGGGAUGUCCUGAGCAUCAUGGAUAAGGAGCAGUGGGAGCAGGAC